AUGGGUGUCCAGUACCAUGGCGCAACGCAAUCGGAUGCUCGGUUCAGCGUGUCCAAGAGAGAGCCCGAUUUGGUGCUGCGCCCUACGAAAGAAGGAAUGGAUUUUACACUGCGUGUUCUUUCGGCCAAUCGCAUGUCCAAAGUGGUGGAGGUCGUCUGCGAUUUUGGGGCGGAUGGCAGCAAGAAGAUCUCGCAGGGAGAAGUGAGAACUCUGUUUGAAGCCCUCGGAGGAACGGCCGAAGAAGACGAGGACAUGGAAGAUGUGGACAUGGUGACGGACGAAUACCAACCUUCCAACAAUAAGCAAACUUACAAGGGCAUGCCACUCAUGGAAUCUCUUUCCAUUGUCUGUCAGAAUGCCACCGAAGACACUCCCUCCUUUGUAUCUGGGUUGACCUAUUUCGUGGCGUCCAGCCUGUCGUUGGCACGCUUUACGAGACUGAGUUUGGAAGGCGUCAAUCUACGGGGGACCGUCUUGGAAUUGCGAGGAUUGGCGGAAACCUUUCGGAUGCAUCCUCGUAUGCACUAUGUGCAACUGCAAGCGUGUUGGUUCACUCCCGAACAACAAGCCGAUAUGAGUGUCCUAGAACAAGUCUUUCAAGAACAAAAACGACGCUCGUCGUCGGCUCGAUUCAGUAUUACGUCGUCGCAGCGGCAUUUGACCGAUAAUGAUACUCCUUUGUCAACGGGCGGCGGGCUACGACAGCGCAAGGAAUCGGCUACUACCAACGGCAAUAACAAAUAUUCCAAGGACAAUGCUAUCGAUGACGAUGAUGAUGAUGGCCGUGUGAAAUCGUCGUGGUUGAAAAGGCUGUUCCAGAAAUGUUUCUGCUGCUAG